AACAAAUUAAACUUUCCAAAGUUAAAAUAAUUACUUCCAUAACUAUUCCUCUUUCUUAGUUAAUUCUUCCUCACUCACUCCACCUCUUUUUUUUUUUUUACAAAAAAGGAGAAGUAAAUCAAUUAUCAUUAAAAUCAGCCGUACAUAACCCCAUUUAAACACCUUCAUUCAACUCUUCAAAACCCACCCGAACAAACACGUCCUUUUUCUCUAUCUUCUUUCUCCCUUUACUUUCUCUCAUCGGAAAAUGACUCGCCGGAGAUUAGAGGACAAUGUCGGAACAACAUCGGAAAAUGAAGUAAGUCCUAACAUUCUCAUUACAGUUCUCAUUCUCGCCAUCGCUGUUAUUUUAUGUGCUUCACUUUACCUUUUCCUCCGCUUCCUCCGCCGCCAUCGCGGAACACCGUCCGAAAAUGACGUAACCACAAUAUCAACAUCACAGCAUCCUCAUCCCCUUUCCUCUACUUCAGCAACUUCUCGUAGAAAAAUUUCACCGGAAAUUAAUCCGUUGAUCAAUACACUACCUCUUUUUACCUUUGAUUCUCUCUCAUCAGCAGGAGAUUGUGCAGUAUGUUUAUCGAAAUUUGAACCGAAAGACCUUCUGCGACUUCUCCCUAUCUGUUGUCAUGCUUUUCAUGCCGAUUGUAUUGAUACUUGGCUUAACUCAAGCCAAUCAUGUCCGCUUUGCCGGUCAUCGGUUUUUGUACCAGAAUCGGACCUUCUCGCGAGACUCGGUGAAGGUAAUAAUCCUUCUUCUCUCUCAAAUUCUAGAAGUUUCCGUGUUGAGAUCGGGAAUGUAAGUCAACGUAAUAGUCAACGAAACUCUGAUGAAUUUCCGAUUAACCGGAGCUACUCUCUUGGUGGAAACUUUGAUUAUAUUGUUGAUGACGAUGCCGUUUCCGAAGUUCAUUCAGGUUCAUUUCGUAGAACAACGUCAUCGACGACGGACUAUAAGGUCGAUGAACAAUUGCAACAAAAUCUAGCGGCGGAGGUAGGGACACGUGGAGGCAGUUGGCUGAAAGAUUAUUUGUCACAUUCUCUCUCCUCGUCGUUUCGUAGUUCCGGGAGAUGGUUUACAGGGAGUAGUAGGAGAGAAACGACGACUGAAUUUGAAAAUAAUAACCGAGUUAAUGAGCUCGACUUGGAAGCGAGUCGACUCGGUGAUGAAAUUGGUGAGUUGUUUCGAUGGUUAUCUGGUGUGUAGUAUUUCCAUUUUCUUUUACUUUUUUUUUUUUGAUUUGUUCUUCUGUUACAAUUUUUUGGAUGUAUAGAUAUGCAGCGGUAUUUUGAACAAAAUUUACUACCAGAAAUGAAAAACAACAGGCCGUAGAUCAAUAUAUUUUGUGAAUUGUGAUUUGUCGAAUUUUCAGCGGAAAAUUUAACCUGUU